UCUUCACUUCUCAAGCUAAAAAAAAAAAGCCAAAAAAAAAAAAAAAAAAACACCUCUCAAUUACCACUAUACUUUCCGCUUUCCCAAGAAGAACCAAAACAAAAAAAUGAGAACAGGAAAUAGCUUAACUGUAGCUAAAUUUUCAUCAACAAUAGAACAAUCAAAAUCAACUGUAAAACCUACAUUUUCGCCACCGGCAAUGGUACAAAGAUCGCCAUGUCAUUCCCCGGUACCAUAUCUCUUCGGAGGACUAGCAGCUAUGCUUGGAUUAAUAGCAUUCGCGCUAUUAAUCUUGGCUUGUUCAUACUGGAAACUCUCUGGUCAUUUAAGAGAAAACGAUUAUCAUUCAGAAGUUGAAACUGAGUCUGGGGAUACUGAAAAUUCGGGGGCAGGAGUCGUGAAGACGAUGCCCCCGGUUUUUGAAGAGAAGAUAGUUGUGAUAAUGGCUGGAGAUUCGAGGCCAAGUUUUUUGGCUACACCUGUGAUGAGUACAAAUUGUGGUUUGAGUGAUUUGAGUAAAUGUGAGGAGAAAGUGGAAAAUGGAAGGGGAGAGUUUGGUGAGGAGAAAGAGAAAGAAGAUGUAGUGAUUGAUGUUAGAGAACAAAGCCAUGGACAAAACCAGUGACAACAAAAACGACAUGCGUAGUGAAAACUCAUAAGUGAAGUCUGGGGAGAUAAAGUUUACGCAGAUCAUACCAAUACUUCGUAGAGGGAUCGAAGUUGUUUCUGAAAGACCCUAAUUUGAAAUAAAAGGAGUAGUUUUCUGCUACUUUUUUUUUUCCGGUAACAAGGAACCACGGUAGAUCUAAAUCGUAAUAAGCAAAUCUCGUGCGAACUUGAUCGAUAAAUACAUGCAGGUGAUACUGAAUAUCACCACAGUGUGGUUGGUUGAAGCAGAAUGAGAAAUUUGAUGAAGAGUGUACAAAUUUUCCUUUUCAAUUAUAUUAAAGAUGUGAAAAACUAACAUUUAUACUCGUAA